UUCGAGAAGCAUACUCGCAGUUGGCUGCGUCAGUUCCACUUUGACGGCUGUGGGAAAAAUUUGGUACAUUUGAAGCGCGAAAUUUUCUCUAUUUUAGUGAAAUAGCAGCCUAGACAUACAGCAAAGUGCAAAACCUGCAUAAAAUAAUUAAAUACAAUUGCUACAGUUCUAAAACGACGGCGUAAGCACACAGUUGCAAAUAAAAUAAGUUAAUAAACGCAAAGUUGUGCGUGUGGCGUGAAAGAAGUGUGCUUUGGUGCUGCUGCGGUGUGUAGAAUUUUGUUUUGAAGACCUUAUUUCUCUGGAUUUCAUUAGCAGCGCUGAAAACAGCUUUUUAAAUACUAAUGUAUGGAAAUAUGAAUAAUGGUGGCCACGCGCCAUACGGAUACAAUGGUUAUAGACCGAGCGGUGGGCGUAUGUGGGGCAUGUCCCACUCACUGCCAUCUGGAAUGGACACAGAUUUCACCUCAUCGUAUCCAGGUCCAUCAAUGAAUAGGCGCGGUUAUAACGAUUUUUCAGGCGGCGGCGGCGGCGGCGGCGGUGGCGGAGGUGGUGGUGGUGGCGGCGGCGGCGGUGGUGGCGGCAUGGGUUCCAUGAAUAAUAUGGCGCCCGCCGCCAGCAUGAAUUCUCUGAAUUGCGGCAGCGGCGGCGGCGGCGGUGGUGGCGGUGGCGGUGAUGGUCACGGUGGCGGCUCGAAUGGCACAAAUCUAAUUGUGAACUAUCUGCCGCAAGAUAUGACAGAUCGCGAACUAUAUGCUUUAUUUAGGACAAUCGGUCCUAUAAACACUUGCAGAAUAAUGAGAGAUUAUAAGACUGGCUACAGUUUUGGUUAUGCUUUUGUUGAUUUUGCUGCCGAAACGGAUUCACAACGAGCGAUAAAGAGCUUAAAUGGCAUUACGGUCCGCAAUAAACGUUUAAAGGUUUCAUAUGCUCGCCCCGGUGGUGAAUCGAUUAAGGAUACUAAUUUGUAUGUAACGAAUCUACCACGUACAAUAACCGACGACCAAUUGGAUACCAUAUUCGGUAAAUAUGGCAUGAUUGUACAAAAGAAUAUACUGAGAGACAAAUUGACGGGCAAACCGCGUGGCGUUGCAUUUAUAAGAUUCAAUAAACGCGAGGAGGCGCAGGAAGCAAUUUCGGCACUGAACAAUGUCAUACCGGAGGGUGCGUCUCAACCGCUCACUGUACGCCUGGCCGAGGAGCAUGGCAAGGCGAAAGCGCAACAUUACAUGUCACAGCUGGGCUUGAUUGGUGGUGGCGGUGGCGGCGGUGGUGGUGGUGGCGGCGGAGGCGGCGGUAUGGGUGGAGGUAUGGGCGGCGGCAUGGGCGGCGGCAUGGGUGGCGGCAUGGGUGGUCCACCACCACCCAUGAAUAUGGGCUACAACAACAUGGUGCACAGAGGUAGACAAAAUAAAUCACGUUUCCAAAAGAUGCAUCCCUAUCACAAUGCACAGAAAUUCAUUUAAAUAAUGAAAAAACUCUUAUUGAUACGAUCGCAGUGAUUGAUGAUGAUCGUUUGCUCGUAGUAUAGACGAUCCUUGAUAAUAAUAAGAUAUGAUGAUUAUGAUGUUGAUAGAGAAUUUUUUGGCGAAGCAAACUCAUGAAGUACAGAUAGACAGACAAUGCAUGAAAGCGCGGAAAGCUAAGGAUAAAAGAAAUGUGAAUUACAAUAUUUUUUGUUUUUAAACUUCAACAAGCCCAUACUACAACGCGCGGAUAGCGUAAUAAAAAUUGAAUAAUUUUUUUCUUAUUUUUAAUUGAAUAGAUUUUUUUUGUAACUUUUUUUUAAAUAUUUUCCUUAAUUUGUUUCAUGCGAUGUGAGACAUAAAAAUCCCUAAUAUUUAUAAUAAUAAUCCGUGUUGCUUCAGCUUUUGGGCUACCUAAGCGAAGCUAAAAAAUAUCUAGUAAUAUUCAAUUUAUUUUUAAGCGUGUUUCUUUUUGUUUUAAGUUUUUUUUUGUAAAUGCUGGCUGGUUUAAAUCUGAUGAGUUAGUAUUCUAAAAAGUUGCUUUGAUGUAAGUAAAAUGUUUUCUUGACAUCUAAUAUUUCGAUAAUAUGCAUGCGUUUUAUGCGUAAUUUCACAUAAAUCGUAGAACGCGUGGGUUUUUGUAUCCGAGUAACUUGUCUGAAUAUAUACACAUCAGUUUUUAACUUAAAAAGAGCCGUAUUCCCAUAGAGGUUUUAAAAUUUAUCUGCCUUGAAAAAACGUGUUUGAAGGGCAGAUAAAUAUUAAAACCUUCUUGAGAAAACGACAGUAAGCAGUUAAAUUCUAUUUUUUCUACGGAAAAAUUUAUAUUUUUUUCAUAUCUUUUUAAAAUCUCACAAAAAGUAAUUCGCAAUUUUGUGGUACUAUAAGAAUUUAAAAAAUUAAAAAAUAAUCAAGUAGCAUACUAAUAUUAACCCAUAUUAUCUAAAUAUACAUAGAACACAUAUAUUCAAAAUAUGUAGAGAAUACUUAUUACAUGAAGCAAUUAAGAUUAAGCAUUACAAACAA